AUGCUCAAUAAGAAACCUCAGCGGGGACAUCGAAGAGAUGAAACGUGCCCCCACACAAUGAGGAGACUCCAGGAGAGUAAAAAUGAAGUCGGAAUUCAUACACCAACCUGUCUUCUCCUACUUACACAUCAGGCGCUUCCUGAAAUCCUCCGAGAUAUUGCAAAAAUCGUGAGUAAAUAUGAAAAUGAAAGAAGAUAUGUUGAAAUACAAAAAUUGAAGAAGAAGAAGAAAGAGUCGGCACCAGUUGAAAACGAAUGUGGAAGUUUUUUCUGGUCUUUUGUACAGUUUGUUAGGGAUGAGCUCAGUUGGUACGGCUCUGAUGAAUCAGAAAAUUCAAUAAAUGAAAGCCACUGCGAUGAUUUCGGUUAUACAUCGUUUAGGAUAAUUGAUUAUUCAAAUUGCGCAUCCAAGGAGAUGGGGGAUGGGAACGAUGAGUUGGAUUUAGUGGAAGAGUGUGGCGAAUGCGCGUCGUCGAAAGAAGAAGCAGUUACAAAUAUUGCAGCUCGAGAAAUUCAAUGCGAUGAUCAGAAAACUUUAAAAGUACGUACUUGUGAUUUUAGUCAUGGCCCAUUAAUUGUAAAUUGCCCCUUUGAAGAGGCACAAUCUGAAAAUAAUGAACAUGAAAGCUUUUGCACAAUUAAUCGAAAACGCCAACUAAACUACUCUGGACAUUCGAUAGAUGGCAACGUAUCACAUGGCUUCAAAAGAGCACGAGGAUGCAUCAGGAAGAAAUCACCCCAAUGUUCAUGUGGAAACCUGCUGACAUGUGUCGAGUCAUCUAAACGUGUGAAUGGCAACAGAGUUCAUUUCAAUGACGAUGUUGAGUGUAUUUCCAACAGCUCAAAUAGUUAUAAUUAUGAACAUCAGCUUCCACAUUCAUGUGACUUCUCCCAAAUCGAAGUAGAAUCAAGUAUGGGAAAUGAUGAACGGUGCACCGGAGCAAAUGGUUUUGAAGGAUGUGAUGGAGAAUGCCUGGCCUUACUAAGUAAAGUAGACCUCAAAGAAAGAAGGCCGCAC